AUGUCCGCUGCUGCAACGUCUGUCGAGAAACAUUUUGCACGCCGCCUACCAAAGAUCGAAUUGCACGCACACCUGACGGGUAGCAUCAGUCGUGCGUGUCUGCAUGCCAUCUGGAGAGCGAAGAAGGCCCAAGAUGCUGCUUUCGACGUCGAAGACCCUCUUGUUGCCAUCCCUUCUGACAAAGUCGACUACGACCUCGAGACUUUCUUCCCUUUGUUCUCGUCGUACAUCUACAAGCUAUGCAGCGACCUACCGAGCAUAGAAUACUCGACCAAGGCAGUACUGCAGGACUUUCAAGCAGAUGGCGUGGUCUACCUUGAACUUCGCACUACACCGCGAGCAAUUCCUGACAAAGCCAUCACCAAAGAUGACUAUGUCAAGACUGUUUUGAGCAUCCUCAAUGCGUGGAACUAUGAUGCUACCAACACCCUACGAGCCUACCUGAUCCUCUCCGUUGACCGCCGCAAUACAAUCGCUCAGGCUGAGGAAGUCGUCGAUUUAUGCAUCAAAUAUCGGCCAGCAGGCGUCGUGGGCAUUGAUCUUUGUGGUGAUCCAGCGAAAGGCGAUGUGCGAAGCUUCACGAACACCUUCACGAGAGCGAAAGCUGCUGGCUUGAAGAUGACCCUUCAUUUUGCCGAGGCCAAGGUAUCGGCGACAGACCUUGAGCUAAAGACACUCUUGUCAUGGAGGCCAGAUCGACUCGGCCAUGUCAUUCACGUAAAGGAAGAGUAUUGCAAGAUCAUCGAGCGAGAGAACAUCGGCGUCGAGCUAUGUUUGAGCUGCAACGUUCAUGCCAGAAUGAUCACCGGGACCUACAGCGACCAUCACUUCGGAAUGUGGAGACAUAAGAACGUUCCUGUAGCACUCUCUACUGAUGAUGUAGGUGUCUUCUGCAGUCCACUUUCAGUUGAGUACGAGCUUGCUGUAAAGCAUUUCAGCUUGAGCCCUGCUGAGGUAUGCAAGCUCUGCGAAGGAGUUGUGGGGUCUAUAUUCGCUGGUGAGAACGAAAAAGACCGUCUCCGAAAGAUAUAUGCAGAGUGGGAUGGGUGGAUGGGGUAG